GUGUUGUUCUUUGCUUCCUUCUUCCUGGUUUCCGUGAUCAUGUGAAUCCUACCAAGCUAAACGACACGCAGCGAGUCGACCCGGCCAUACACACUACCCCAGUUUGGCUACAGCCUGCGCUGGGCCCCACUAGCUACGCUAUGCCAGAUGGAGAGCGGAGCCCGUUGCUUUCAGACCAGCACGAUGGGACGAAUGGUGCCUCGUAUGGCUUUUCCCCGAAGCCACAGAGUUUCCCUCCAUUCCCCAGCCCCAGUGACCCCCCUCCAGUCUUGCUCGGUGAAGCCCCCCCUCCCUACUCUCCCCUGGGCAGCCCAGACAGUGUCAGCUCCCCAAUCAUCAGUUGUAGGGUGUGUCAGAGUGCCAUCAGCGUGGAGGGAAAGACACACCAACACGUAGUCAAGUGUGUCAUCUGCAAUGAGGCUACGCCUAUAAAGAAUGCUCCAGCAGGGAAGAAGUAUGUCCGCUGCCCCUGUAACUGUCUCCUCAUCUGCAAAGUCACCUCCCAGAGGAUCGCCUGUCCCCGACUUUACUGUAAGCGUAUCAUCAACUUGGGUCCGGUGCAUGCUGCAGGGUCGGGUUCAGACAGUCCACAACCUCAACAACUUGCUGGGGUCCGAGUGGUCUGUGGACACUGCAGAAACACAUUCCUGUGGACUGAGUUCUCAGACAGAACGUUAGCCAGAUGCCCCCACUGCAGAAAAGUCUCUUCUAUUGGCCGGCGGUACCCCAGGAGGUGGGGCUUGUGGUGUUUCCUGUUGUUUCUGGUUUUCUCUGGUGGCACGGCAGGACUAGUGGUGGGAACGUGGAAGCCAGCCUUGCUCCACAGAGGGAUCUAUGCCUCCUGGUUCUUCCUGAUUCUCCUGGCUCUACUGAGCAUGUGCAGAAUGAUCUACUGGGGCUGUCUGAAGAUCAGCGAUCCUUUACAGAACAUCACAUAGAAGAGGGGGGAUCCUUUACAGAACAUCACAUAGAGGAGGGGAUCCUUUACAGAACAUCACAGAGAGGGAGAGAGGGGAUCCCAUAAAGAUCAUCAGAGGGGAGGGGAGGGAGCCCAAACAGAACAUCACAUGGGGGGAGAGUUAAAAUAGUUUGGGAACCCCUGAUAUAGAGGGGGUGGGGGGGGGGGUGGGGGGCAUGAGAACAAACAUAUUAACAAGACCAUGUCAAACUUGAUCAAACUGUCUAAAAAUGUAUUUAUCUGAAAUAACCAACCGGUCUUAGAGGCUGCGUUCCAAACGGCACCCUAUUCCCUAUACGGUGCACUACUUUAGACCAGCGACCCAUAGGCUCUGUAGUGCACUAUAUCAAUCUGUGGUCAAAAGCAGUGCACUAUAUAGGGAACAGGGUGCCAUUUGGGACCGAGCCUCUGUCUGGCUGCUUGUACUAAUAUUCCCCUACUGGACUGAACUCGCAAAGGAUAUGGCCCAAAUGGCACCCUGUUCCCUGUUCCAUCCACUGCACUACAUUUAACCAGGGCCCAUAGGGAAGAGGGUACCAUAUGGACCUGUACUACCGGCCUGGGUAGAACCUGGAGAAGCCUAUACUCACGAUCGUACCAAUCUAUCACUGAUUAAUCACUUUUUUUUUCUUUUUCUGAUCGAUCAAAAAACUAAUAAAUAUCUCCAGGUCUGUUCAUUGUACCUGGGGCCAUCAUAGAAACUGGAACACUCACACGUCAUAUAUAUAUAUAUAUAUAUAUAUAUAUAUACACACACACACUCACACACACACUCACACUCACACACACACCCACUCUGCAGUCAUUGGCAUUAUUAUGGGAUUUAUUUUUAAAUAGUUGAUUUAUUUUCUAUUAUAGAGUUGUCUCCUGUCUUAAUAUCUAACUAUUUCAUUCCCAAAUGCUACCAUAUUCCCUGCUACUGUUGAUCAGAGCGCUAUGGGUCAUAGUGCUAGGACACUAUAAAGGGAACGAGUACCAUUUGGGAUGCUGUCUAACUCCAAUAUGUUGUUGCACUACGUCCUAAUGAUCAGCUCUGGUCCGAGGCGUUACGUGCGACUUGCUGGUGCUGAACCUUCUAGAUGCAUGUAACACCUUGGACCAGAGCUACCUAACAAUAUACAACUGAAUAAUAUAAUCCUGUGGUCUGAUGUUCCUGAGGAAUGUUGUGAAACUAAAAUACUUUUAACAAAC